AACAAAAAUGGCUGCAGAGAGGGCGGAAGUUCCCAUACGUCGUGCCGUCAGGGUCUUUCUUUCUCUCCUGGCGGCCCGGCUCUCGAUGGUGGCGUGACGGGGGCGGGGGCGGCGGCGCGUUCUCCUGGCCCGGGAGGGAAGCAGCCCGCAAACCCAAGCCGGGAGGGGGUCCGGCCUGGGGGGAAGGGGGGGUGACAUGUCUCUCGAAGACCCUUUCUUUGUAGUCCGAGGCGAGGUGCAGAAGGCGGUGAACACGGCCCGAGGGCUGUACCAGCGCUGGUGCGAGCUCCUGCAGGAGGGUGCGGCGGUCGGACGUGAGGAGCUGGACUGGACGACCAAUGAGCUGCGGAAUGGCCUGCGCAGCAUCGAGUGGGACCUGGAGGAUCUGGAAGAGACCAUCGAUAUCCUGGGCCCAGGUAUAGUGGAAGCCAACCCGGGCAAGUUCAAGCUCCCAGUCGGGGACCUGCAGGAGAGAAAGGUGUUUGUGGAGCGGAUGCGGGAGGCGGUCCAGGAAAUGAAAGACCACAUGGUCAGCCCAACAGCCAUAGCCUUCAUGGAGAGGAAUAACAGAGAGGUGCCGGCGGGCAGGCCAGCCACCCAGAAGCCACCCAGCGACCUGCUGGACGCCAGCGCCGUCUCCGCCACCUCCCGCUACAUCGAGGAGCAGCAGGCCACGCAGCAGGUGGGUAUGGACCACACCCAGUCCCGGAUGGACGGCGUCCUCAGGAAGAUGGCCAAAGUGUCGCACAUGACCAGUGACCGCCGGCAGUGGUGCGCCAUCGUGGUGCUGCUGGGGGUGCUCCUGCUCGUGCUCGUCCUGCUCUUCUCUCUCUGACCUCAGCCCACCCGGGGCCUGGUCCUUCGUGCCCGGGGAGCCGCCAAGCACUUUCGAGCCGGCCUCGCGCCUUGGCAGGGGAGGGUCCCGCCUGGCCUGGGGAGCUGUCCCUGGGCUCUCAUCCAGAGCCAGCAGGACCCUCAGGGCCCUGGGCCGGGGUGCCCCCCCACCGGGCCUGUCUCAAGUGCGCUUCCGGCGUGGUGGAGGUAGGGAGGCCUCAGACACACCCCUCCCCAUUUCUACUUCCGGUGCCCCAAAGCCAUUUGUCCCUGUGCCUUAUACAUGUGCCAACCUGGAAAUAAAAGUCCAGCCCUUUUUAUA